AUGAGCAGCAACUUUACUUCCGUGCCCAGUGAGUACCUCGUCGCAGGAGUCCUCAUGACAGCACUUGGAGUCGUGGGCGUUUGCAUCAAUAUCACUGUUAUUCUAGCCCUUAUACGUACACCAUCAUUCUAUAACGCAUUCGGCUACAUAUGUAUCUUACAUCUGAUCUCCAAUGCGGGAGAAUUGCUGAUUUUCUCGCUUUGGAACGGACCGGCAACAAUCUGGUACAUCCUGACAUUGAAUCGCGUUUCGGUCAUUAGCUGA